UCAUUUGAUUCAGCCAGAGAGGAUCUUUUUAGGUCUUCACAAUGGAAUCCAGAACUCAAGACCUGCACUCCAAGAGUCCAAACAACCAAAACCCCUGAUAGGAAUAUCUGUGCCUGCAGACCUCCUGUGAGGAAAAAUGCUCAGAUGUGGAGGAGAAAGCAAAGGAUGAAAAAAUGUAAGACAAUUUCUUCCCCCUCAGUUGAUUACCAAGUUGAAACAGGGAAGUGGUCUGUUUGCAUGGAGAUUGCCAGGAAGGGUCUGAAUCCAAGACAGAGAAGGAGAAUUCUCCAGAAAAGGAACAGGAAAGCACAGACAGCUUGGCCUGGCUGUCAGAUUCAAAAAGCAACUGUGAUGAAGAGUCCCCCAAAGUGGAGAAACCGCUCCUGGGAUUGCAUCCCCAAAGGAACAGGGACCUCCCCUGCUGAAGGACACAAUGAACACUACUCAAAAAUCAGAAAAAGAAAGACUCCAGAUGGUGGCCAUGAAAGCCACAAAUAUCCCAGAUGGAGGCCCUGCACACCCAAGAGAAGGUUGACUGGACACAGGCAGAGGUCCCAGUCACUCAGGCCCACAGCCUCCCAGCCACCUCCUCUGAGAAAAAGCCUGGUGUCUUCACUGAGCUUCAUGUCAGAAGCCACCUAUGAGAGGCUGACCCAGCUGCCUCAGGAGGCCCAGUACAUGCUGGCCCAGCUGCAGGCUCCCCUGUGGACGCUGAUGCACAGCUGCUAUGCCAUGGCCUCCCAGGCAGCCUAAUCCAUCUCUGCAGAGGGCUGGCUCCUGCCUGUGGCCUGUUCAACAGAGCCCACCCAGGAUGGAAGAGGAGAGCAGCACCUCUAUGAGAAGUGUUCCAAGGAUGUGAGGGCAGCCAGGUCAUGACGUCUCAAACACUGUUGCUGACCAGGGUUCAUUUGGCUCCUCUGGCUGGCUAAGCAGGUCCCCAUCCCCCUCACUACUCCCAUGUGCAUC